GACCUCCAGUCUAACAUUCAUACUUGAUAGCUGUACUGUCUCUUUAAGAGACCCGGAAACGGUUCCCUCCUGUGUGUUCACUGGUCGCGGGUUCCAAACAGACAGCUGAGCUCUCUCCCAGCGAUGAUAUCCCAUCCUGCUAUAUGGGCUUUUCGGAGCAGUGUGAGGUGCUGGCGACACAGAGCUGUCCUCAGAGCGGCUCUGAAGGCCUCGGACGUCAGCGGCUGUCGUUGGUACUCGACCCCAAUUCGUGGCGUUGUCACGGGCAUGGAGGAGAUAUUGGCGAGGGUCGUUGCCCCUUUACCCACAUACGAAACGAGAGACAAAUCCCCUCCUCCUCCCGAGUCGAACAGCUUGGAGUUCAUGCACUUCUACGGCAGUCUAGCAAAAGAAGACAAACUCGGCUUCCUAACGAAGUUGUCCCAAGACUUUGGAGUAGACCACAAAAGCGUUUCAGAGCUCGCUGUGAAGCUGUUGGAUACUCAGUUACGAGACUUGGCGACCAUUUUGCAAGUUGAAGACAGGCUGCGGUACGGCUUGACCCCCCGUUAUAAACAGUUGAUUAAUCAUAUAAGCAGGGUCGAGGGGGGAGUGAAGUUUCUGGUGGAUCUCCGUGCCGAUGUGCUUGAAAUUAUCUCAUCAAAAGCUAGCGAGAGUCCGCACAUCAGGGACCUGAAUGGCACGCUGAAGAGCUUGCUGUCUGAGUGGUUCUCUGUAGGUCUGCUCCGACUGGAGAGAAUCACCUGGCAGUCGCCCUGCGAGAUCCUGCAGAAGAUCAGCCAGUAUGAGGCAGUGCACCCUGUACGGAACUGGAGUGACCUGAAGCGCAGAGUGGGGCCAUAUCGCCGUUGUUAUGCCUUCACCCAUGCGGCCAUGCCAGUAGAACCUCUGGUUGUGCUACACGUGGCCCUCACUGAAGACAUCUCGGAUAACAUUCAGAGCAUCGUCCGCGAGUUCGCCACUCUCGACUCCGAGGAGGACGUGAAUAAGAUAAAUGCAGCCAUCUUCUACUCCAUCUCCUCCACCCAGGCUGGCCUUCAAGGGGUGGAGCUGGGAAACUACCUCAUCAAGAGGGUGGUGCGAGAACUACAGAGCGAGUUCCCUCACAUGGCCCAGUUCUCCAGUUUGUCUCCGAUCCCGGGCUUCUCCUCCUGGCUCCAAGGCCUGCUCAGCCAGUACAGGAAGGAAGGCCGGGGCUCUGACCUCCUCUCUGAGCAGGAGUGGAAGGAGGUGGAACAGGCCACUGACUCGGCCCCGGGGACCCCGGCCACCGAGGCCCUUCGCAAGCUAAUCACCACCAGCGAGUGGAUGCGCUCUGAGCACCUGACGCGUGUCCUGGAGCCCGUCCUGAUGCGUCUCUGUGCCUGGUACCUCUACGGUGAGAAGAGGCGAGGCUGCGCUCUCAACCCAGUGGCCAACUUCCACCUGCAGAACGGCGCCACCAUGUGGCGGCUCAACUGGAACGCUGACACCAGCCCUAGGGGCGUGGCGAACUCCUGCGGCAUCAUGGUGAACUAUCGUUACUUCCUGAGCGAGACUUCUAAAAACAGCGCCCUUUACCUGCAGAAUAAGGUCAUCACUGCAUCAGAGCCGGUGCUCGGGCUGGUGUCCCAAUUUCAGAAAAUCAGCAAACUGUGAGAGACUUCAGGAUGCACCCAAACCUCUGUUCUGUUAGAUGGCACUUUGUCAUUAAUACAUCAUUUAACAUUAAAAGAAAAAACAUGAUAUUCAAAUGUCCAAACAGAAAAGAAAACUGCUUUAGAAGCACCCUGAACGGACGUCGCCAAUGAUAUUUUUGAUUUGAAAUUAGAACAUUUCUCACGUGACGGUUCAUCCCAUAUCCUGCAUGUAUUGUAUAGGUUAGGCUCCCCGCCUCAUGGGGCUUCUGGUUGGAGCCAUUUGAUAUUGUGUAAGUGCCCGGCUGAGAGACUGUGGCUAAUGAAGCACGAGGCAUCUAUCAAUGCUUUACAUGUUCAUGGAUAACAGUGUGUGUAAUGGUAACGCAGGAGCAAUGAGGGAGCGCAGCUACUGGAAUAAAUGAUGUUAAGAUUCUUUCA